AUGGCCAUCAUACAUUAUACGCAAGCCAUAUCAAUAUGUCCAGAAGGAGAACAAUCAGUUUUGUGUAGUGUGUUUCACAAUCGAGCUACUGCUUAUGAUAAAUUGGUAGGUAAAUUGAUUACUUUGGUCAGUUUUGUCAAGGAAAAACUGGUUUUUUUUUUCAAAUUUAAAUUAUAACAAUGUUAGUUAUUGCUUAUACUAUAUUUUCAGAGUAAUAAUGAAAAUUGCUUGGCUGAUUGUAACAGUGCCCUGGCAUUAGUACCAACAUACAAAAAAUCGUUAUCCCGAAGAGCCAAAGUACAUUCAGAAUUAGGCAACUUUAAACUUGCUUUAGAAGAUAUUACAGCUAUGCAAAUUUUGAAUAAGUUUAAAAAUCAAGGUGACCUAAGUUUUGCGGAUAGUGUGAACAAAAGUUUAGGUGAUUACAAGAAUAAUUGUUAAUUUCUACAAAUAUUUGAAAUUGUAUUUAUACCAUAAGUCAAUAUUUAUUUUCAGCUAAGCAGAAUAUGGAAGAAUACAUAAAGGGCAAUCCUUUGAAUUUUCCAUCAAAAACGUUUAUUGAUAAUUAUUUGAAAUCUUUCUGUGAUGAUCCAUUUUCUGAAGAAUUUGCACUGACAUUAUUAAAAUCAGACAUAAAGUAA